UAUUUCUUCAGAAAGUCGCAGGCUCGUUUUUGGUAGGUUCCACGUCCCUUGCUUCUCAGGGCCAGGCGCCGGCAGGAAAAAUAGGCAGGUAGUAGUCAAGAUAAAAUGUGGUAUAUGACGGACAAAAGGUGCAAGAAACGGGUUAUUGUAUGCUUAUCUAGAUCUCUGAAGAGAAGGGAAGACGGGCACGAGGCUGUAAGCCUCGUGCCCUCCUUAUAUACGGUGAUACCCCCCUCUUGCAGGUGCGGUACCCACUACCGCACCCCUGUUGUUGCCGACGAGUGCUCGGUAAGCAUCUGCCCGGUGCCCGUGCAGAUCUUCCGUGCCAAGGCAUGGAACAGUGCCGAGGUACCGUGCCCUGCUGGCCCCCUUACAAAUUGCGGAGCUGACGUGACAUUCGCCGUGAGGAGAGGGGGCCAGCCCAUUGGUAACGUGAUUUUCAGGGUUGCGGCAUACCCCGAGCCGAUGCAUUCGCUUGAUCGAGGCACUUUGAGCAAGAAGUUGCUAGUAGUGAGCGUAUUCGAACUUCCGCACAUUUACGUCGAAUACGAGGGGCGGCAGAGAACGGAGAAGCAGGUGAACAGUGACGUUGCUUCAAACAAGAAGGUAUCGAGCCCGAUUGAGGAGGGCGGGCUCCUCAAAGCGGCCGACCACUCUGGAGUUGCAAAAGCCAUUGGAUUCCAGACUGCUCCGCCUCGGUCCAUCCCCCUAGUUUGCAGCCCUAUGGCUGCGGCCCGGGACGGGGUGUGGCCCCGCGAGAUCUUGUAUUAUUAUACCCCUUGCUCUUGA